GGCACUCACCAAGAGAUUUUGAUCUUUACUGCCAUUGGAAUAUCUCUCUUAGGUUGUAAAGCAAUUACAUCGUAAAGUGAUUAAGAAGAACAAAUACUGAACUUUCUCAAACAUUAUGUCGGGCAAUAUAAGCCAUCAUGUGUUCCGAGUAAGGACUCUGUACAAAAAGAUCCUUCAGCUUCACCGUGUGUUGCCACCGGAACUGAAAGCCCUGGGAGAUCAAUAUGUGAAAGAUGAAUUCAGGCGGCACAAAUCAAUCAGUCUUCAGGAGGCCCAGAACUUCCUACAGGAAUGGGAGAACUACGCAAUGAUGUUGUGGCAGCAAGCUAAUCAACAUGCGCAGAACGCCACUAAUCAGCCUCACUUUGGAGCACAUCUCUCAGAGGAGAAACUUAAUGCCCUUCGAGACGAGCAACUUGGACAGCUGCAAGAACUAAUGCAAGAGGCCACCAAACCCAAGAGACAGUUCGACAUUUUAGACGAUGGAGACCACAGACAUUAACACAUUUCUUUGAAUUUCAUUUUUAUGGUCUUUCUUUUUUUGUACUUCUUUGCAAAAUGGUUUCACCCUAAAGAAUAAAGGAAGAUGGUAUAAUUUUAUACUAUUUUCUUUGAUCCUGUAAGGAUAUGCAUGAUGAAUAAUCAGAAGUAGGUACAGUCAUCUUUGUAUUAUGUACGGCCUACACUAAGUGUGUAGAAUAGUUUAAUAUUUUGGAACAUUUUGGCUGUGCUAAAUUUAUCACAUGCAGGAGGUAGGAUUAAAAUGGCUUUGUACUAAGAGUGUAUUUUGUGGAUAGUCAGAACAUCAGAGAGGGAAGAAAUUUGAAUUGCAUUGUGAUGCAAGUUCAAAUUUUAAUAGUCAUUUUGCAUUUUUUGAAAUAGAAUGCAGCUGUAUGUAUUUAUCAUAAUUUAUUGUUUGAUCCAGGUGUCUUGAAGAUCAUAGCAAAUUCUGCCUUUGAACCUUCUUUUAAAUAAUACUCUGCCAAAAUUUGCCUUCCUUUUUCCCAACAUUUUUCUCUUGCAAAAGAAACUUCUGCUUUUCUAUUUCAUUCUCAGGUGUUAAAGUAGCAGAGGGUAUUGUGACUUUUUCUGAGAUGCAUCUUUCCAUCAUUCUUCAGCCUCCCUUGCUGUACUUGCUUCCUGUUCUGAAAAAAGUUCCCUUGUGAUGUCUUCCCUUUAGAUUUAAUUGGAAUAUAGCAAGUCAAACAGGCUCCAGACCACUGGGGAGAUGAUUGUUCAGUGAGAGACAAAUAUCUGCAUACACAGUUCAGCUGCUUCUUAACUAAGGAAAGUGAAGAAAUUCUGCAUCCUACAGUUUUGAGAAGAGAAGUUGAUCUGAAUAGAUGGACCUUCCUAUUGUUUAAUACGCACAAGUCACCAGAACCUAAUAAAA